GCGGCGACAAGGACAUGAUCCAAGCCGCCAAAGUGCUCAGUGUCAACCAAGAUAUGACGGACGCGACUGCUUAAUAAAACCAAGUAUGGCAUUCAAGUUGGGUUAGGUUGGCAUUGACGUCACUUCAUACUGCAAGGAUCGAUUGCUCUUGUACAUGGAUGCAUGCUCCUAUGUGGUCAAUGCCUUGGCGUUUGUUUGUUUAUAUGGUGCGCCGCGUCACAGAGAACACGACACUUCACUUGGUGUUUGUAUGGACUACUUCAAGAAGCCGUUGGGCCGCUCAUUUCUUACCGUCCAGCAUCAUCGACAUGAACACGUUUACCCAUGCCAAGCACGCCGCGGCGGACUUCCUGCAAGAGCUCAAGCUCGGUGCUAUGGAGGUGCUCCUAAACCAGCUUCAAACUCAGACGCAUCGACUGCUCCACGCUCUGCUGCAAGGGCCCGAGUCUUGGAGACUGCAACUCCAAGAGUUGGCCGGCGUGCAGAGCGUGCUGGACACUGUCGACAACACCGUUCAUGACGUCGACUCCAAGGCGAUCGUUGCCUCUUGCCUCUUGCCCGUGGCCACACCCAUCACAAAGCUAAUUGCUUCCGACCGCUCCGAGGUGGCGAAGAAGGCGUGCGGCGCGGUGGCACAGUUUGCCGAGAUGAGCGGAACGGCCUUCGCGCCGUUUGCCGACGUCGUGCUCCCGUCGCUGGUGAGCACUGCGCCUAACAAAGUCCAGGUGUUUCGUCAAGCUGGCAAAGACUGCCUCACGACGAUCUCCACCGUGUCGAAGUACGACAUGAAGAUCCUUGUGUCCCUGUGGCGACAAUCGCGGACCAGUGAGGCUCGAUGCCUCAUCGUGCAGCAAGUGACGACGGUCGUGAGAGUAUGGCCCAAGUCUGAACUGGCCGAGCACUGCGACGAUGUGCUGCUCCUACUCAGUGGCGCCAUUCAAGAUCCCAAAGACUUUGUUCGCGCGGCGGCCCGCGAAGCGUUGUGCGCGUUUGCCGAGACAUGGAGCGAGCGCAUGGAUCAAGUCGCAGAGAUCCCGCCGCUGCCCCAACGACCGUUGAUCAUCGCGGAGCACGCGUCGGCUCAGCUCACGGCGGCGCUUCGCAAGAAACAAAUGUCAGCCACGUCUGUGGCCCGACCUCACCUUCCGCUGCGGCGCCAAUUGCGUCCAGCGCCGACCCCCCGCCGCGACGGGAACAAGACGAUGUCGGCGGCCACGGUGGUUCCUGUUGUCAUCUCCAUUGAGUUGGCCCCCAAGUCGGUGGCUGGCUCGUCGUGCCACGCGGCAGAGGCCCAGUGGUGGUCACUUGGUGCGUCGUUGGGCCAGUUCCUGACCACAUGCGUGACCAAGGCGUGGUGUGCGCUGCGAUCAGCGGCUACGAGCGUGACCAAGGCGGUGGUCGUGGCCAAGACGAUGCUCUGGUCGGUCUAUGGACUGGUGCAGCGGAUUUACACUUGGGCGAUGUCGGCCAACGUCGACACCCCCAGUCAAGGGAUUGAAACUGCCUAGCUCCACCUCCGUCGCCACUCCAUGAUAUGUAU